AUGAACCACGCCCCUUUUCACACUCUUUUCCCGCAUCAUCGAUCCCAACCAUCCCACAUUCCACCCAUGCCGACCAAAAAGAAGACCAGGACCCAUCCCAGCUGGAAGGGAGAGCCUACGCCGCGCGCCAUCGAUGCAGCCAAGCAAGUGUGGCACAUUUCCCACCUGCGCGAAAAGAUCCUUUCCGACCUCAGCGCCCAACGCGACACUGCCUGGAAGCCCAACUUUCUCUUUAUCAAUCUCAACCCCAGUCGCAACCCGCUCUUCGACCACCUCACGUGCGGCAAGGAGAGCUUCGUCUCCACCGAUGCAGCCAAGAACCGCACAACGAGCCGUGACGCGUCCACGGGUUCGUUUGACAUUGAGGACCGUCUCGAGAUCUACCGCUCCAGCAUCAAGGUUCUCCACCUCACCGGUGCAUUCCCUCUCCUCCACGAUGUCAACGGCGUCGAGGACCUGUUUGACACCUUCCCCUGCUUGAGCCAGAUCGAGUGGAACCACGGCGUCACCUGCGAGAGACACCUUCACUGUUCGUCAAUCUCCAAGUGCAGCCACACGCACAUUGGCGGCACGGACCAUUUCGUCCUGGGGCGCACGUACGCGGCGUCGGUGGACUCGGACGGCCACCUUCCCAACCUCGACAUGGACAGCAACUAUUUGCCCGCCUCGUGGGACAUCACCCCCGUGCGGCAGCUGCACAUCGGCAAGAUUUCUCGUGGACGCAGGAGCCGCUUCGAUUUCCAGCUCCGCGACGACGAGGACCACGACGAGCUCCCAGACCUGCUCAAGAGGGCCAUCCACAGCCUGUUUGUUCACCCGUCGCACUCUAUCGAGACGUGGAUCUGGAUUCUGCACAAGCGCCAGCUCUUGGACAUUGUCACCCUGACCGAACUCAACCUCGGCGGCAGCUGGAUCACGGUCGCUCAACUGCACCGCAUCGCCGAGGCGACGGGCCCGACUCUGCACGCCCUCACCGUUCAGGUCAAGGACCCCAAGCCCUCCGCCGUGCUCGGGUUUGCCUGGACGGUCUUUCCCUUCCUUGUCGGCCUGGAGAUUACAAUCGACUGCCCCAGUAACAGCGACACCGGCCUCCUGCUCAACCCCCUUUACGCCCACGAAUACGAUUCCGACAGCGGCGAGUCCUUUGCGACUGACUCGACGUUUGACAUUGAUCCCAACCUUCCCGCCGACCAAGGCACGCUCGAGUGCUGCCAGGUCAUCUACAUUGUCAACGUUCCCAGGCGCCUCACCAGUGCCCUGUCCAUGCAGUGGGUGGACACGUGUGUCCCAACCGUCGAGGAGACUGCCGCGUUCUUCUUGCAGUUCCCAGCCGACAUCUCUCACCACGUCGCCAUCAUGGCCCCCAAGGGCUGCCUGGCGACUCGUCUGGGAGGCGCGGGCCACGGAAUCUCGCUCGCGUACAGCCUGUCGACGGCCAUGGUGCUCGAAAAGAUGCGCGGCAGGCUGGGCGACAUUAUGCGUACUAUUCUGGGCCUCAACGGCGCCGGCGGUCACGCGAGUGACAAUGAGGAUGACGGGUGGGACACGGACCCCGAGGGCGGCUCUGUCGACGACGAGGUUGCCGAAGUGGACCUGCCUUGGGAACCCGAGACGGGCAGCGUCGACUAG